UGUUGUCGUGGUAACGGGCGCAGUCAUGGCUGAGCCGACUCUUUCCGAGUGUUACAGAGCUGUUUGUGGACAGCUCGGGAUUCAAAUAAACCCGCUUGUUCUAGAAAACCUACAGAAAACACCGACAACAAGGAGUUUCACCUUGAAACUAGCAGGUAACAACAAGCAGAAAGGUUGUCAGAAACUUUGUGAUGAUGACAUCUUUGCUUUGUCCAAAUGUCUCCAGAACAAUUGGACUGUUACAGGUCUGGAUCUGAGGUAUGAUAAUGUAAGUGAUGCAGGAGCUGGACACCUGGCUGACCUUUUAGAGGUGGAGGAUUCAGCUCUGCGCUCUCUGGACCUCACAUUUAACAACAUUCAGACAGAAGGAGCUAAGGUUCUUGCCAACUGUCUGCAGGGUAACAGCAGCUUGCUCUCCCUCAGGCUGUCAGGGAAUAAGAUCGGUAACAUCGGAGGCAUGCACCUGGCCAGCAUGCUGCUGGUAAACAGGAAGCUGCAGAAGCUGGAGCUGGCCGACUGCGACCUGGAGACUCCUAGUGUGAUCGCUUUCAGCGUCGCGCUGAAAACCAACACCACUCUUCGGUCCGUGGACCUGAGCCGGGCGCUGCUCUUCAGCUUCCAGGAGGAAUGGGCCGUGUGCUUCUCCGAGAUGUUUCGUGUAAACGGCAGCCUGGUGGAGCUCCAUCUGGGGAAGAUGGGCUUAACAGACACCGGCAUGGAAAGGCUGGCUGAAGGCCUGAUGCAGAACCACAGCCUGCGGUACCUGGACCUGCGCUGCAACCGUGUGACCCAUGAUGGUGCACAGCAUCUCGCCGGAGUGCUGAAGCAGAACACAGCGAUUGAGAUUGUUGAUCUGUCCUCCAAUCGUAUCGAAGAUGUCGGUGUUGAGUACCUGAGCGACGCCAUCUCCUGGCCUGGCUGCGUCCUGAGAGAGUUAUCUGUCUGUAGAAACAGCAUCAGGAUGAAAGGUCUGUUGUCUUUGGCUGAGGCUCUGAAAAUCAACCCAACUCUGACACACGUCUACAUCUGGGGAAACCGCCUGGAGGAACCCGUCUGCCGGGCCUUCAAGGAGCUGAUCUCCAGCGGGCGUUUGAUGCCUCAGCGGACCGACAUCAGGCCUUAUGAGGUGGACGGUCAGGUUUUCCUCGCAGAGGUCUUUUGGGGUUUAAGGAAACACAAUUACUGCACAGAUGAUAACUGCCAGAACAUACGUUCAGAUUCUAACACGUCCAAUGAUGCUGCAGCUCCAGAAGAAAACCUUUCCUCAUCACAUCGCUGACGUCCAGUUUGCUGAUCUGCAGCCAUGUUCUUGAUCAAACACAUGUUGCAGUAAAAUGAUUUAAUUAUG